UGAACAAUAUGGCCGCCUCCAGCCCCAGGCUUUUGGCGUGGAGGCAGCUCCUGAAAAUUUUAUCAAAUUCACAAGGAACGACGAUUAAUCUUAACUCAAGAUGUGGUUUCCAUUGCUCUGGGACGACACACGAAAAGCUCACUGUAGAUCCGUUUGGUUCUGGAGACAAGGCGCGGAAGAUCAGUAAUGCCAUGAAGGCCUACCUGGAAACAGCUGUCAAAUACGAAAAUCAGAAGGACAAUCUGACAGCUGAUUAUGAUCUUGGGCGACGACAUCUUGCCAACAUGAUGGGCAUUCACCAUGACGAUUUCACAAAGGAACAUGCCAAGAUUGCGGUCAGGUACCUCAUGCCGUCGGGAAUGUUUGACAAAAGAGCUCAUCCCCACUUGUUGGAAGCAGAUGAAGUCCUUCCCCACAAAAAGAAGGCACAGUUUGGUAGGGAUGGUCGACCGUUCCAUCCUAUGUUUUACACGACGAAGCCUAACUACUACCAGUUCAUGCAUGACAUUGUACAAAAGAUACAGAACCUGGAUAAUAAAAUGGAUGAAAGCACAUCCCUUUUAAAAAAGUCAGACCCUCCUUCGAGUGUGAUGACAUCUGAAUGGCUGAGCUUUUCCGAUUUCAAAUUACAAACAAGGGAGACAAUUAACCAAUCAGAUGUAAGUCUUUUU